AUGAAGCACAAGCUGGUCAAAGCUACAGGUCAGAUGAGGGAGAAGGUCUGCGCACAGCAUGACAAGCUGUUGGAGGCUUUUUGUCGCACCGAUGAAACAUCAGUGUGUGUUUUGUGCAUGAUGGAUGAACACAAGCACCAUGAUAUUGUACCAGCUGGAACUGAGAGGACUGAGAAACAAGUAAGUGCUGAAAACAAUCUGUUAGUCUUAUCUCUAUACCACUUUAUUCAGGCCAUUCAUGGCAGAUGGUUGUCUCCUAAUGAGUCUGGUUCUGCUUGAGGUUUCUGCCUGUUAGUGGGUUUUAGUCCUGCUGUUUCUGAGUGCUUGCUCUGUGUUUCUUUAAAUAAUAUGACAAAAAUAAACAUAAUAGUAUAACAAAGUAGUGAAAACGUGUGUUAACUUCUACUUUUAUGUCAAACCCUCUACAGAAACAACUUGGAGCCACACUCCACAAAUCUCAACAGAGGAUUGACCAGAGAAUAAAAAAGUGGCAGGAUCUCCGGCAAGCUGUUGAGGCAGUCAAAGUAGGUAAAAAGUUGUGUCAACAUGUCAGUGGAAAAAAAAAGUGGCAAUAACCCUUUUUAACAAACUCUGUCACUGUCUCUCGUGCUCACCAUCAGCACUCUGCUCAGACGGUCCUGGAGGAAAACGAACGCAUCUUCACAGAGCUUCUGCUUUCCAUUGAGAGGAAGUACAAUGAAGUUAAAGAGAUGAUACGCUCCCAUGAAAGGACCACGGUGACACGUGGUGAGAUACUGCUGGACCGCUUGGAGGAAGAGAUCACCCUGCUGAGGAAGAGACACAAUGACCUGGAGAAGCUCUCGCACACUGAUGACCACAUACACUUUCUGCAGGUGAGGUUUGUCUACAUUGAUGCAGACCCUAAACAAAAGACAGUGGUUUCCAUUUUCAUUUUCAUAGAUAUAGUCCUCUGUUUUACCAGACUUCUACCCGUUACGAUCUUGUUUUCCAGAGUUGGCAGUCCCUGUCAGGUCCCUCAGGAUAUGAAGACCUCAACAACAUUGAUGUUACCCCAAAUUACUCCUUUGAUGCCACCAAGAGAGCCAUUGCUACUCUAAAACUACAAGUGGAAGAAGCCAGCAAGACAGAAAUGAUGAACAUCUCAGGAGCAGGUGACAAAUUUCUCUAUCUUUAUCUGAUUUUGACAAAUUGGUGUCUGUUGAGGGCCUUUUUUUCAAGUUUGCUGUUGCUUUUUUGUAACUGCUAAUUUUGUUUUCUGUUUCUUCUCAGUGAGGGAAGUCCACAUCACUCAAGACGCUGAGUCAAAAACGAGGAGGGAGUCGAUCCUGAAAGAAGAGCUUAGGCCAAGAGAGGAAUCAAGGCUGAGAGAAGAACCAAAGACAAGAGAAGAUUUCCUACAAUGUGAGUUGUAGUUUUUUUUAUUCUUCAUGUUUGUUCGUCUUUAAUCUUGUUUUGUUCUGACAUGCAACAUUGUCUCUAUUAUCUGAAUACCAGUACAGAAUAUUAAGUUAAAUCGAAUCACUGUGUUUCACAAAGAAGCAUGGAAACACAACUUCACUGCCAACUCACAGCGAGUGAGGUGUAUUUCAUCAUAGCCAUUGUAUCAUAACAAGAGGAAAAACCACAUCAUGAAAUGAAACAACUGAAACCAGAAUUGUGCAAGUUAUGCUGCCUGCAGAACAGGUUUGGUGAAUAUAAUGAGACAAACGAACAGCUCGGUUUUAUUUGACAAACACAGGUGUUCCUGCUUUAACUGCACCUGAUUUAAAUGGCUGAUGUAAGGGAGCUCCCAUAUUUACUUAAUAAGCUAAAGUUAAAGUGUGACACAAGAAACUCAAAGAAACUUUUACAACAAAAAGAGAUAGAUACCAUAACAAAUGGCCCAUUGUAAUUGAAAACAGGGACUACAAACACAAAAUAAAAAGUGAUUAAUGAAAUAUUUUUUCUCUAUUGUUCAGAUGCCUGUCAGCUGAUUCUGGAUGUGAACAGCGUACACCCCAAUCUCCACCUCUCUGAGGGAAAUCGAACAGCUACUAUGAAGAACGACCCCAAGAACUACGCUGACCAUGCAGAGCGAUUCGACCACUGGCAGCAGGUGAGAAUUUAAUCCCCAACAGGAUGUUAUCUAGUUUGUGCAAAAGAAAGAGGGAUUGAGAUGGUAUACCAUUGAAAAGAAAAAAAGAGGCAUACAAACUGUCAAGAUGAAAAUUUCACAGUGAAAAAGUUGUAUUGUGUUGUAUUGUAACAUAUCAUAUUUCAUUGUUUCAUCAGGUAUUAUAUGUUAUCAUAUCAUAAGUCAUGAAUCAGAAAUAACUCUUUCAGUCAUUUUAAAUCACGUACUUCCUCAUUUCUCUCUCAGGUCUUGAGCAGGGACAGUAUAAAUGGCUCACGCUGUUACUGGGAAGUUGACUGGAGGGGGACAGAGAUAGACGUGGCCGUCACCUACAGGGGGAUCCGUCGCAAAGGAAAUGGCAAUGAAUGCAGCCUGGGCUGGAACGACAAGUCCUGGAGCUUGUAUUGCUCUGACUCAAAAUAUUCAUUCGUGCACAAUAAUAAGAGCAAUGACAUUGUGGCUCCAGUGUCUUCCCGUAUUGGUGUCUAUCUUGAUCAUGCUGCAGGAAUACUUGCAUUUUACAGUGUAGGUGAUGGCAUGCAGCUUCUGCAAAGAGUUCAGACUACAUUUACUGAACCGCUCUACCCUGCAUUCAGCGUGUGGGGCUUUGGUUCUACUAUAAGGCUGUAGAUUCUCCACUGGUGCAAGUUACUGAAUACUCUCAUUAAUCCUAUGAAUUUUGAAACAUGGAUUGUGACAUAUUCCUGUCUGUUUCUCUGCUUUUCUAAAGUAUUUUUCUACUUUGCAUGAAUUAUUGUAUAAAUCCAUUAAGGACCUCAAACUUAACAGUUUUGAUCUUGUUUUUAUGAGGUAACUAAUUCUGAAGAGAUAAUAACAAAAUGUAUCAGAAAUAAGUAAAGAAUUGACAUAUCUUAUGUUAUAUUGACAUAUCUUACAUUGUCUUGAUAUCUUUAUGUAUUCUAUGCUUCCUGUUAUGUUUAAAAAAAAACAUUUUAGUUCAGUCUCAUCUUUGAAAUUAAAUCUCAAUUUUGAAAUAACCUGGACUACCUCUGUUUUAUCCUGCAAUAUCAAACAGGCAAUGGAGUAGCACAAGAAAGACUGACAAACAGUCGUACAGCACAGAACAUCAGCACAUGGAAAUAAAAACAAAACAAAAGCUCAGUUAAAAACAAGGCCUUCGAAUUGAAGGCCAAUUUCAUUCGUCAUAAGAAACCCAGACAAUACAAGAACCCUACGACAUAAAAUGAGACAAAACAAAAUAAAAACAUAAAAUAGGUGAGAAAAGGAAAUGUGAUAAAAAAGGGUGUCGAAAGCAGUAAACAGGAUAGUAAAUAUAAAAAGAGGAUGAUAAUAAAAUUAUAAUGUUGUACAUAAAAUCACAAUAUUAUGUUGUUAUUAUCCAUAUUAUCUGGCCUCUUUAAGAUGUGGUAUAAAAAACUAAGCAAGGCUUGCUUACUACUUGAAACAUCACAUCCAAACGUGCAUCAGGACUGCACAUAUUCCCAUAAAACCGCCUGUUUCCCCUCCUCCAAUGAAUGUUUUUAUGGAGAGACAUUGACGCGUUUAUACUCCAGGUGGCAGCAAAAACACAUUAAGUUGGACCGACAAUAGUAAAACGAGGAUAUACAACCCGAUAUACUGCGCCGUGAUAAAAAGGGAGGCGAAAAGUUCCUCAAAAAGCAGUGAUUUGGAUGAAAUACACCCUGACUUUUCCCACGUUAACCAAAAUGGAGAAGUGAGAAUUGUGUUUCUUUUAUUUGUGCUGCGUUGCUAGGAAACAGCAGGGUUCCGAGUUUAAACUCUAUCAGUGUCCAUACCGCGGGGCCUCAAGAAUUUCAGUUAUCAGUAUCAAAAAUAAAACUACGAAAAUAAUUUUUUAACAACGACUGACCUCCCCACUUCCAUACAAUCUGAAAAAAUCGACUUAGAAUUUUAUUAAAUUGUGUUUUUAUUGAGUUUUCUGCAUUCCGUCUCCGCCGUCCCGCCCUCACGGCGCACAGCUAUAUCCGAAUGCAGCGCACCCUACUACUACAGGUUUUUAGAGGGGCGGAGUCAACAGCUGGAUACUCUGGAGUGUGUCUCGUGGCGGCGAUGCAAGGAGGCGGACUGCAUGUGAGCACGAGCUUUCACCCUCUGCAUAUCAAUGGGAAGACGGCAAACGGGACUCUGGUGUUUCAGGAGGAAAUCGAUCAAACAAAACAAGGUGACCACAUCGUGUCAGAGAGGAACAUCGUGGAGUAG